UUCCUGGCAACUCCAUUUUAAAGGUAAGUUUUCCUUCGGGCUGUCACUGUGCAUGCACGUGUCAGUGAUGUCUGAGAUAUCGAUCCUCUCUGGGCUCAUGCUCGGGGCUGCGCUGAAGACCUGAGAAGAAGAUCCUGGAGCUUCAUCCGAAAAGUAAAGUUUAUCGGAUAGGCAUUUUUGUUGCGAGGUGACUCCUCCUUUAGAUUCAGCUUUGUAGAUGAGUUGCUUGAGAAGGUCUUACAUAGGUAAGUAUGACAUAGGUCCUGUCUGUUUGUUGUCCAUUGCCGUGAAUGCGCACUAACUGCUGUUUCCUUCUUUAAUAGGUACCUGAAAUGUCUGUUGAAGAGCAGGACCAAUCAUCAUUCACCAAGGGCACCUGCAACUUUCCCCAGAACUCAUUCACCGAUGACUUCUCCAAUCAGAUCCUGUUGCCAGUUGUCCCUCCCCUAUCUGCAUGCUAUAUAAAAAUGGUGCCAUAUUGUGACAUCCAAUUGCUGGAAGAGGAACAAUGCUGCCUGCUCAUGUCCUUUUUUCUGUGGACUAUAUGAUAUGGAAACUUCGAAAGAUGCGAAUGUCAUCCAUGAAAAGGAGACGGCGAUAUUGGGUGCAUCCCAUUACAUCAUGCCGAAUGACACGAGGUGUAUAUUCGACCCUUUAUCAAGAACUCCGAAAACACCCUGUCAAAUUUGCAGAAUAUCUCCGUGUAAGUGUCGCAAGCUUUGAUGACCUUUCCCAACGUUUACGUCGCCGAAUAAGACGGAAGGAUACGAAAUUUCAUCGGAGUGUAACUCCAGAAGAACGACUCAUGGUCACUCUGCGGUUUCUGGCUAGUGGUGAAAGUUUUUCCAGUCUUCAUUUUCAAUUUCGACUAGGGGAAUCUACAAUAUCUUACAUUGUUAAAGAUACCUGCCGGGCAAUUUGGAAUCUUCUGCGUGAAGAAUUUCUUCCCCAUCCUACUUGCCAACAGUGGAUCAGCAUAGCCGACAAGUUUUAUGAGGUGACACAGUUUCCCAAUUGUAUUGGUGCAGUGGAUGGGAAGCAUGUGAGGCUCUUGAAGCCCCCACGUAGUGGAUCCUCCUUUUUUAACUAUAAAAAGUAUUUUUAUGUGAUCCUAAUGGCAAUUGUUGAUGCAAAUUACAAAUUUGUGGCUGUUGAUAUUGGAGCUUUUGGACAAACAAAUGACUCACUUGUUUUUAAAAAUUCUAAUAUGGGAAAAAGGCUGUACUCUGGAAACUUUGGUAUACCAGAGCCCAGGCCUUUACCAGGUACUACAAACCCUGCACUUCCAUUUGUUCUAGUCGGAGAUGAAGCUUUCCAAAUGUGUGGAAAUUUACUGAAGCCAUAUGCCAGCUGUGGUCUAGACUAUCGCAAAAGAGUGUUCAAUUACAGACUGACUCGAGCAAGAAGAAUGGUCGAGUGUGCUUUUGGCAUAUUGACUGCAAAAUGGCGAAUAUUCACUCGUCCAAUACAAUUGAAAACAAAUACUGUGGAUGAUGUCAUAAAAGCAUGCGUUGUGUUGCACAAUUAUGUACUGACCAAAGAGCCUUUGCCUACGGAGCCACUGUCAUUAAAUCCACCAGGAGAUAACAUAGAAACUGGCCCAAGAUCAACAGUUGCUGUGAGUCGCAUGCGCGAUCAAUUUGCAGAAUAUUUCAUUUCUUCAGCUGGAUCUGUGCAUUGGCAGGAUGAACAUAUUUGA